AAAGAAGGGAAGAGGGAAGAGGGAAGAGGGAAGAGGGAAGAUGAGGAGGAGGAAGAAGAGAAGAAGAGAAAAGAGGAGGGGAAGAAGGAAGAAGGAAGAAAGAAGAGAAGAAGAGGAGGAGAAAAGAGGGAGGGGAAGAAAAGAAGAAGAGAGCUAGUGAGGGGGAGAGGAAGAAGAGAAUCAAAGGGGAGGAAGCCACAAAUAGUUAUGAGGAAAAGUGUAGACUUUAAGUAUAUAUGGACAAAGAUUUAUAUAGACCAUUAAUGAUCUAAAAUACUUAAUUCGAAAAAUUGGUGCAAAAAUUCAAAGAUUAAAAUUUUUGAGAAAAU